UGAGAGACUAAUGAUGUACUCCGUAUCUAGUGUCGGCCCUAAAAAGCGAGUACUCCCCAAAAUCAGAACCCUCCCCAAAGUCGACCGAAGUUCAGCAGCUCCGGCUACGACAGGCGGCUCCGGCGACGAGAAAGGAAAAUGAUGGAAGCUAAGCCCUCAAAUCUGCCAAAGAGCUUCAUUGACCAACCUGUCGUUCCAGGGGAUGUGGUUCUGGAUCUCUCUAGCAUGGCCAAUCAAACAAUCAAGCUUGGGGGCGGUCUUCGUCAGGACUGUGAUGCCCUUUCGGUCAUGAAGUCUGGGAAGUUGAGGUUUCUAAAGCCAAACAAGUAUUGGGUUGAGAGCUCCCAGAAAAGAUAUGCACCUUCUGUGGGGGAUAAUAUUCUUGGAAUUAUGGUGGACUCUAAAGCAGAUAACUUCCUUGUGGACAUUAAAGGGCCUGCAUUGGCGUAUCUUCCUGUACUCGCAUUUGAAGGAGGAACAAGGAGAAACAUACCUAAAUUUGAGGUAGGUACUUUGCUCUAUGUUCGGGUUGUGAAGGCAAACACGGGCAUGAAUCCUGAACUGUCAUGCACUGAUGCCACUGGUAAAGCAGCAGAGUAUGGCCCUCUUAAAGAUGGCUACAUGUUUGAGUCCUCAACCGGCCUUGCACGAAUGCUCCUCAACUCCCCAACAUGUCCGGUUCUUGAAACUCUUGGGAAGAAGCUCUCCUUUGAGAUAGCAGUUGGUUUAAAUGGCCGUGUUUGGGUUAACGCAGAGGAUCCAUCUACAGUCAUCCUUGUAUCGAAUGCAAUCAUGAAUUCAGAGUCUUUGAGCGGGUUGCAGCAAAAGAUUAUGGUGGAUAAACUGCUCCAAAGAGUGCAAUGAUCAAGUUGGUCCAUCACAUUUCUUAUGCACGCUUUACUCAAUUGGGCAUUUACUUGCUGGUUUGAAAUCUACCAUUAUUAUCUGUCUGGAAACGACUCAAGCUGGUUAGAGGAAGUUGAAGAAUUGGAAAGUAUUUCUUUUAAAAAGAAUUAAAAAUUCAUGUGCAACACUCUGAAAUGUUGUAUAGUUCCAGAAGCAUUCUGGGGAAUUUUGGUAAUGUAUGUCCUAACACAAAUUUUUAUAGGUGUCUUCUGAGUUUCUCUUUUUAUUAUAAUUUCUUGGGCUUUAUGAAUACAACUGUUUUUCCAGGCAAUGCAAUAUUUACAUUUUUAGAACUCA